GGUAAGGGAAGGAAAGGGCUCAGCAGUUCCUGGCUUGGGCAUCCGAUGCUGACGUUAUUGACCAAAAUAGGCAAUGUGGAAGCAAGAGCAGCUUUGUGCCAAAGAGAAGAUUUUGCCUGAGUAUAGUAACCAGUGAAAAACAGGAUGGAAGGAUCCUGUAGUUGGCUGGAGGUUCAGAUCUGCAGCUCAGAAGAGAGGCGUCUGGAAACAUGCAGUUAUUAUGAAACGUAGUGGAAAGCAGGGUAGUCACGGCCUCAUUGUUCAUUCAGUAAAUUCAGAGGUUUCUCUGCAGGGAAGGUGGUGGCAGGGUGCAGGCUUUGACGGUGAGCAAGCCGGACAUGGGUUUGGUAUGCACAGAGCUGAUGGUCUAGCAGGGCAGGUGGACAGUAAAUGCACAACUGCAGUGGGGUAAGUGCCAGAGGGCAGCCCUUGUGGUGUGGUGCAGGAGUGGUGUCCACACCCAGCAGGGAAGGCUUCUCCAGAGUAACAGGGCAUGAGACGAACACACAGAAUGAGUGUGCCGGGAAGGGUGGGCAGAUUGUGUGUGCUCCGGUGGAGAGGGCAGAAGAGCCGGAAGGAGACAGUGCGCUCCAGAAUGGGAAGGUCUACCCGCCGAAGCACAGAGGCGGGGAAAGUGCUUUGGGGAGAGACUAGCAAGGGUGCUGGGACCGGGCUGUGCAGAGGCUUCUGGGCCCAGUGGGCACAGGGAGGAAAUGCUGGUCUCGUCAGAAUGUUGUUGGGGGGCCUGUGAGGAGGUUCCAGACGGGGGACGCGUGGUCCAGGAGGAACAGGGAGGGGAUGAUAGAUGCAUGAGAGCAGAACUUAAGUUUGGAAGAGGAGCCAAGGGGAGGGCCGGGAAGUCCUGGUCAGAGAGAAACAAGGCCGGGGGAGGUUGUAGACAGCCAGAGGGGACCAGCCAGUGGUGCGGCUGGGCUCCUGGUGACCCUCGUGGGACAGCCACACUGCUGAGCCGAGAGGCCCCCUCUCUCCAGCUCUGAGGGAGCAGGGGCUGCAUGGGCAGGAGCCUGACUCACCAAAGUGCAGCCACCACAGAGGCUGGAGACCGCAGAGCCUGAAAGGGGAUGCUGGGACUAGGUCCCACCAGCCUGCUGCGUGCAGAGAGAGCGGGCGAGCAUGUGGGGCUGGCCGAGCAGUGUGGUGCCCUGGCAGCUCCCUUUGAGUCAACACGGAGAGAAGACCUCGCUGUAUUAAGUGUCCUUGGUAGGGCAUUGUGGGAGUUCCUCCGUGUCAUGCACGGUCAGUCUAGGUGCCCAGAUUGUGUGAGUGACUUUCCACCUCACAGAUGAAAUGUUUGUGACUUUUUCCGUAGGUUAGAGAUUUUAUUUGAUGUUUCUAUUGGAUUGUGUCCAGAUUUUUAUUUCAAGAAUUGUGUACUUUUAACAGUAAAAGAGUGAGACCCAGACAAUGCCCCCCCAAUCUUUCAUUAGUAACUUAGUUCCCUUGAUGCGGUAAGCCUCAGUGUGGGCACCAGGUCUGGGGGUGGCCCACGUCCUGCCAGUCAGCGGGCCUUUGGUAGUUUUACAUGGAUUUAGUCCCAUCUGAGUGGACUCAGCUUUCUUCUGUCCCCUGUCAUUUUUUUAGUUCUUAACGCUUUUUUUCUAAACAGCUUUGUCAGUUCCCUUUUUUUUAAUUGCAAGUCUCUUAGUCACUUUGGGAUGUGAAAGACAGACAGUUUUUACACGUAGCUAUUGAUUAUUGUCUUAAUCGCUGUUUUUUAAUGGAGAGAUCUAUGAAGAGUAACAGCAAAUUGUUUCGGCCUUAUGGACAGUCCCCUUCCUUUUCAUUCUGCCCACGCAUUGAUUACGGGUUGAGCUCAGCCCCAUGGCCACUUUGCUCGGUCAGAGCCAGCCGCUUGGCACCACUUUGAGGUUCAGGGUCUAGGGUCUGUGCUGUUGUGUCAGGCACUUGAAGGAGAGUGAAGAGGGCCCAGAAUGUCUCUGUCAUCACCUGCUUUGUCACUGACAGUGACAAGCUGAGCCCCCUGGCCGGCCUGGACCCAUAUACCCCUCACCUCUUCCCAAGUGUUCAGGAACACACCCCUCCACACUGUUGCCAGAACUGUGCUGUCGCCCCUAAGGAGAGGCCUCAGGAGGUCGUUAUCAGGAAGAGCACCCCGAGAUCAGGCGGCGUACCUCUGGGGUGUCUGCGACAAUUACUGGCGUGGAACCAUCACCUGUGCAGGCUGGCCAAGCUGUUCGGCUACCUGACUGUAGUUAGUGAUUAAUCUUGAAGGUUCUAAGAGUGCAGUGUUGUUUUUUGUUUUGUUUUGAGGGGAAAUCCACCUGACGUUUUAAAGUUUACCAUUUUAAAAGGGUGCCGUUCAGUGGCAUUCAGUACUUGUACAUGCUGGGGUACCACUUGCUCUGUCUCAUUCCAGAACGUUCUCAGUGCCCCCAAAGAAGGCCCCCCACUCAUAAAGCAGGUGCUCCCAUUCCUCCUUCCCCGGCUCCUGACGACCCCCAGUCUCUCUGUCUCUGGAUUUGUCUGCUCUGGCCGUUUGCGUGUAAAUGGGAUCGCGCAGUACACGACCUGUCGUGUCUGAUGUGUCUCACCCGGCAUAAUGUUUCUGAGGUUCAUCCCCAUCGCAGCACAUAUCAGUACUUCACCCUUUCUGUGGCUCAAUUUCAUCAUAUAUAUACCAGAUUUUGUUAUGCAUAGCCAUGACAGAAUGUAAAAAUUUGCAUUGAUAGCAACUGCCGUAGUAAAGGUACCAUGGUUGUUCCUGAUGUACCUCUUUGUUGAGGUUUCUGAGGUAGCUCCUAGCUCAGCCCACCCUCCCUCUGUCUUUGGUCAGCUUACUGCCAACGCAUAUGGGAUCCUCCCUAAUCAAUCAGUUAGAUUGAUUUUAGGAGAGAAUAUAACCCUGAACUCUUUGUUUAGUUCUUCUUGAAGUUCAACUUUACGAAAUAACGUAUAGAAUAUGUUUACCAUGUAUUCCCCUAGAAUCUACAUUAGCAUUGCACACUGCAGCCCACAGACUAGCUGCCUGUGCUUGUAAAUAAACUUUUAUUGGUGCACAACGUGCCCCUCAUGUGCAUGUCUGUGUCUGCUUCCACUGGGGCAGCAAAGGUGAGUUGGUGCAGAGACCAGAGGCUCCUGAUGUGGCUCAUUGGUUCUCCACCUUGCCCUUCCCUCUAAGGAACCGAUAGAUGGGCUGAAAACAGUCAGUGAAAACUCUGAAAUUUUAUGUGUACCAAUAGGUUUUCCUGGAGAGGGGAUCUGUGACUUUCACCAGAUUCCAAAAGAGACACCAGGCUCAAAAUGAUCAAUAGGCGUUGUUCGAAGUAGACAUAUGUUGAUUCCCUGUGCUACCCUCGGUUGAUAGUUCUCACCUGUCAGUCCCAAGACCCCUCUACGCUUUAAAAUAUUAUUGGAAUCCCAGAGAGCUCUUGUUUCUGUCAGCCAUAGCCACUGGUACUUAUUAUAUUAGAAAUUAAAACGGAAAGUUUAAAAAUAUUUAUAUAUUUGAAGAUAACCAUAAUAAUGUAAAUCCAUUUCGUAUUUACUAUACAUUACAUUUUUGCAAAUAUCUUCCAUGUCUGGUUUAAUAAAAAAUAGGUUCUCAGAUCUUCUGCAUUUGUUCUGUUGUACACAAGUCGUGUAACCCCUGGAAGCCUCGACUUCACCCAAGUCGCUGGUGAGAAAGGCGCUGGCCAAGAACUACAGGGAGGGUAGUGUUAGGGUCCGCAGACCACACUCGGGGAGCUGCGUGUUCCGACUGCAUUGUCUUAGUCUCCUGCUCUGCUGUCCCCCGCUCUUCGGGCACCUGCCCGCACUGAGGGGUGCCCACAGAACAAGUUUCGGGAGCACUCGCCGUGUUUGCCCUGGGGUUCGGGGGUGUGUGGCCCUGGCCCCUGAGGAGCCGCCCCGGCACCCCUGCCUCCAGCGCCCGUGCCUGAAGCAGAGCUGGGCCUCUUCCCAGCCACUGCUGGAUUCUGAAUCCAGUGAAAACAAAGUUUCCUAACUGAUCCCUUUUUCUGAUUUGUUUUGGCAACUGGGACACUCAAAACCCAACUUUCAGCUCCCUUUUGACUCUACUAUUUGGUGUCUUGUCUCUAUCUUAUUUCUUUCUUUCUUACUUUCCCUCCUCAACUUUCUCAUCUACAUCUUGCUCUACAUUUACACAUAUCCAUAAGUUACAUUAUAAUUUAUUCUGUGUUUCUCAAAACGGUCUCAUCUUUUUUUGAACAAGAUUCAGUACAAAUCCUUUUAAGGAAAACUUUUUCCUUAUUACUGUGUAAAGCCUUGGCAUCUAGUAGAUCAUAGAGCCUGCUUGAUUUACAGGUGUCAGUGAAUCACUUUCAUUUCUGGUGUUUCUUUCACCAAGUUACCUUAGGUAAAUAGAAACUUAACCGUCCUAUAUCUGAAAGUGUGAAGAUGUUAUUUUGUUUCAUUAUAUACUAUAUAUAGUACAGUUACUUGGCAGUUUGGUUAUUUACCGCCUACCCACAGCCUCUGCCCUAUUUUCCCAUUUUAUUUCUGUCUCAGGUACGCAGGCAGUCUUGCUGCUGGUAUCAUCAUUCUCAUUUAGUCCUGACAGUUUUUUUGCACCUGAUUUUGGAACUUUUCGUGAAUUAUUUUUAACAUUAUUCUUAGUCAUGUGUGUACGUUUUUAUCAGUGUGGUUCUACUGAUUGUUUAGAACAGUGGAGUAUCCAAGCUGUGCAGCUCUCCUCCCGUUCACUAGGGUCUUCGGUCAAAGCGAGAGGGGGCCCUGCGGGCCGGCCGGGCUGCCGUGGUCGGGCCUGGGGCGCACCCAGCCCCGCUGCAUCAGAGGCUGCCUGUGUGUCCUGGUGUGCACUGUGCGCAGCAAACCGGGUAGAGAUCAACAUGUAUUUUGUAUGGAAUACUGAUUCUCAUAAUUUUUUGAAGAUUAGACUUUGUAUAUUUGUCAGUAUAUAGAUGCCAUCGUUUUGAUUUUCAGAAGCUGUGUAGUCAUGUCAGCUGAUGAAGCGCGAGGCUCUGUCCUGUAAUUCCGAGGAAGAGUCAAGUCGCACAGGAGGGGCCCAAGCCCAGCUGAAGUGUGGGUGUAGUGAGAGGACGGGGAGACCUGGGUCGGCCUCAGAGGCUCUCUUCUUCUGCGUCCCAAAGCAUAGGCUUAAGUCAUCACAGAGGGACAAGGUCCGCCAGUUCAUGGCGUUUACUCAGGCUGGCGAAAGAACUGCCAUCUGCUGCCUGACGCAGAACGAGUGGAAACUGGACGUGGCCACGGACAGCUUCUUCCAAAACCCAGGCUUGUUCCACGAGGAGCCCAUGAGAAACUCGGUGGACAGGAAGAAGCUGGAGCAGCUGUACAGCAGGUACAAAGACCCACAAGAUGAAAAUAAAAUUGGAAUUGAUGGGAUUCAACAGUUUUGUGAUGAUUUAAGCCUAGAUCCUGCCAGUAUCAGCGUUUUGCUUAUAGCGUGGAAAUUCAGGGCAGCGACUCAGUGUGAAUUUAGCAAAAAGGAGUUCGUAGAUGGCAUGACAGAGCUCGGGUGCGACAGCACAGCGAGGCUGAAGGCCCUUCUGCCGAGACUGGAGCAGGAGCUGAAGGACACCGUGAAGUUCAAGGAUUUUUAUCAGUUCACUUUCACCUUUGCUAGGAACCCUGGGCAGAAAGGUUUAGUCAAAUCUAAGAGAGAACGCGGUUUCAGCACAGAGCUCUGCGGCACAGCGAAUAUCGCAACAAAGCGAGAAGCUGACGGUUCGGCUUCCCAGGACACAGAGCCCUGCGCACACUGCACUGGAGCCUGUCGCGUGCGCAGUGGUGCGCACAUUGUUUUGAAGGUAGCACACACCUUAAGCACAGAACACUUCAGUGCUAAAACAUGCCACCCAUCUUCUGGGCUGUAAGCGAGUCGUGUUCUCUUUGCUGGGAGCAGUCCUGUCUCGACGUGGACAGCUGCUCAUUGAUUCGGGGGGCUGGCUGCUGAAGGUUAGGGUGGCUGUGGUUAUUUCUUAAAAUAAGACAACAGUGAAGUUUGCCGCAUCCUUUGACUUCCUUUCACGAAUGAUUUCUCUGUAACGUGAUGCUGCGUGACAGCCUUUUACCCAGAGAACUUCUUUCAAAACUGGAGCCCCUCUGCUCACACCCUGUUGCUGCUUCAUCAGCUGAGCUUGUGUUGCAUCCUAAAUGCCGUGUUGUCGUGUCAGCAGUCUUCCAGCAUCUUCUGCAGGAGCAGCGUCCCUCUCAGGAAACCGCUUCCUUUGUUCACCUGUAAGAAGCAGCUGCUCAUUGGUUCAAGUCUGAUCAUGAGAUGCAGCAGUUCAGUCCCAUCUUCAGGCUUUAGGGGUCUGGAAAGACUUAUUCCACAACUUAUUCCAAACCUGUUAAUGUUGAUGUUUUGACUUCCUCCCACAAACUGUGAAUGUUCUUAAUGGCAUCUGGAAUGGUGAAUCCUUCCCAGGAGGUUUUCAAUUAACUUGGCCCAGAUCCAUCAAGGGGAGUCACUGUCUAUGGCAGCUUUAGCCUUAUGAAAUGUCGGUCUUAAAUAAUAAGACUUGGAAGUCAGAAUGGCUCCUUGGCCCAAGGGCUGCAGAAUGGGCGUUGUGCCGGCAGCAUGAGAACAGCCAUCUUCUCCUCGUCCCUCCGUCGGAGCUCCUGGGGACCAGGUGCGCUGGCAGUGAAAGGACUUUCUGAGCGGCAGGUCUCCAGAGCAGGCCUAAAGCACUCAGUGACCGUGUUGUGGGUGAAGGUGCUGUCACCCAGGCUGUGCUGUUGCGUUGACACACAGGCAGAGUAGACUGAGCGUCAUCCUGAAGGGCCCGAGGAUUUUCAGAACGGUCAGUGAGCACUGGCUUCAGCUGGAAGUCCCCAGCUGCAUCUGCCCCUGAUGAGAGGCGGCCUGUCCUUGAAGCUGUGAAGCAGCCACUGACUUCUUUCAAGCUGUGAAAGUCCUAGAUGGCAUCUUCUAACAGAAUCUGCUCCGUCUGCAUCGAGAACCCGUUACUCCGUGUAGCCACCUUCACGAAUGGUCUGAGCUAGACCGUCAGCACCUGCUGCUUCACCUGCACUUUUCUGUCAUGGAGUCGCUUCUUUCCUCCGACCUCAGGAACCAGCCUCUGCUGGUUUCCGACUUUUCUCCUGUGGCCCCUCCCCUCUCUCGGGUUCAUGGAAUUAAGAGUCAGGGCCUUGCUCUGGAUGAGGCUUUGGCUUAGGGGACUGUCUGAUCAUCUAUCCAGACCACUAAAGCUUUCUGCAUAUCCGCAGUAAGGCCAUUUUGCCUUCUUACCAUUCUCGUGUCACUGGAGAGGCGUUUUACAUUUCCAUCAGGGACUUUUCCUUUACAUUCACAGCCUGGCCGAUGGGCCGAGAGGCCCAGCUUUCGGCCUGUCUCAGCUUCUGGUCUGCCUUCCUCACUCAGCUUCGUCAUUUCUAGCUUUUGCUUUAAAGUGAGAGACACGUGAGUCCUUUCACUGAAAAUUUAGAGGCCGCUGUAGGGUUAUUAACUGGCCUAAUUUCAAUAUUGUUGUGUCUCAGGAAUAGGGAGGCCUGUGGAGGGGGAGAGAGACAGGGUGGGGGAGCCGUCGGCCCACACACAUCUGUGGAUCAAGUUUGCUGUGUCCAUGGGUGCAGUGCACGCGACCCCAGAACAGUUCAAUAGCGACACCAAAGAUCACUGACCACGGACACGGUAACAAAUGUGAUAAUAAUGGGAAAGUUUGAAAUAUUGUGAGAAUCACCGAAAUGUGACACAGAGACACGAAGUGAGCAGAUGCUACUAGAAAAAUGGUGGCAGUAGACCGCUGGCCUGAGGACAGCCACAAACCCUCAAUUUGUAAAAAAUGCAGGAUCUGCAAAGCGCUAACAUGAGGUGUGUCUACAUAGUUUAUUUCUGUCUCUUCCUAAAAGUCAUGUGUACUGACCUGUAUUUUGUUUCCUAAUGUAACAUCUAUGACUCAUUUAGUAAAAUCUACAGGUCUGGAUUUUAAAUAGGGAUUAAAUGAGUAUAUUAGCAAGUAUCUUGUGAAGAGUUCUUGUAAAUAAAAGCAACAUUAUCAGAUGACAAAAUUAGUUUGGAAACCAAGGGGGCUUGAAAAUCCAUAGGUAAAAAAACACAGCGCAAACGUUUGGCGUCAGGGCCUGAUAUCACCCGCGCGCGUGGGCACCGUUCCGUCUCUCCCUGGCCCCGCCAGUGCCCUGGCCCCGUCCCCGCGGCCGGCUCUCGUUGGAUCCCCUCUCCCAGCUGGGCUCCGUGGGACCGUCACCCACCACCCAGGAGCCAACGGGGUCUUGCCAUGGGGCCCCGCUCAGGGCCGUGCUUGAGCAGGUCUGCUUAGACCUGGGGAAGGCAGAAGUGGGGGAGCUCCGGGAAGACGCGCGUGCCCUUCUUCCUGAAGGAGCGGGAAGCAAACGGGUGCCCGAGGUGUGGAGGCAGCAGCGAGGGAUUCUUGUGCCUGGCCCUGUGCCGGAGGAAGAGGGUGCACAGCCUGCACCCCAGGGGGAGAGCUGGGCUGACGGGCUUCCCAGCGGGCCUGACAUCGGUGCGAAGCCGGUGCAGCAGAGCCCACACCCAGGGGGGCCUCGGCGUGGGCAGCUAGGACGGACGCUGGGGCCAGGGAGUCUGGCCGUGGACUGCUGGGGCUGGGUGACCCGGGGCUGUGGGCUGUGUCCCGUGUGGCAGGCUGGCGAGGCCUGUCCUGGCCAAGUCCCACCCAGGCGUGGGAUAAGCCUUCUCUCCAAGAAGCCUUGGUCCUUUCGGGGAGGGUGCUGCUCCCAGACCACCCCCAGGCAGCAGCGAUGCUCGUGGCCGCCAGCCUGUGGCUGUUCCUGGGGCCCUUCCACGAGUGCGGCCCAGGGCCUGGGCUCUGCACUGUGACAGAGUCCUUCCUUGGCUCUGCCUGCAUGGACACUGAGAGUCCCUGACGGGCAUGUGUUCUCUGCCCGUCCCGGAAAGCCUGCAUCCACACUGAGCAUGUGGUCAGCUCUCUGCUGUGGACUGGGCUGUGGCCUAGCUGUGCGGUUCCAUGGGCUGUCCACACUCCCCACUGGGCCUGAAGCUGGCUCUCUGGUCCCUGGGGUUGGAAGGCCCCCUCUGGAUGCCCACACUGCUCCAGGGCAGCGCUCCCUGACCCCCUGCGCUUGAGAGCAGUUUCCCAGGUGUGACGUGCACUCUGCCCCUCUGUUGUUGUGUCUGGUGUUGCUGGUCAUCAAGCCAUCUGAAGCGAUAGCCACCCUAGUAAGCACCUGACUUCACGAGUUGGUUCUCGACUUCUGGACUGAAAGUCUUGUUUUCUUCUGCUCUACUGCACCGUGGUCCUUUCUUCUAGGCUGGAGCACAGUAGCCCCUGGAAAGCAAAGUCCACUGUAGUUGGGGCAUUCUCAAGAAAACAUGCCGGGGCUUUUCUGGAAGCUGAAGUAGAUAGCGGGCAGCGUGGUGACCCAGACGGCGCCUCAAUGUGGGUGGGCGUCUGCAGGGAGGCCUCUCACUGGAUGGGCCGUGCAGCACUCUGAGCAGGUUCCCGCCACAGAUGUGGCUGUCUUUUCUUUAAUUUCUGCAUUUCCUGAUUUUCCCUGCAUAAUAAUCACCUGUACGAGAUGUCCUGCUUUCCUGGAAUUUGGCUGAUUUGGGCCUGAGUGUAAUUAUUAUAUUUAAGAAGGAGAAUGUACGCAAUGCUGACUUCUGAGCAGUUUAAUUCAUAGAGUCUUAUUUAGCUUCAUUUUUCAGUGAUAAUUGCUCUGACCCCACUUUUAAAAUAAUGGUCAUGAAUAAUUCCAUUGUUAAAUGGAAACCAGGAGAGGGCACUUUGAAAUGCCAAUGACUGACACGGCUGCCUGCCUUCUGCCUGUUACUGUCUUCAGGAUAACUGAGCCUCUGUUAGAAGUAAUUAUUUACAUUCCUUGCUAUUUUGCAGUCGGUAGGAUUCCUUCCUUUUAAUGUUGAAAUGAAAAUGUUUACAAAGGGUUACCAUUUCACUUAACUUUUGUAUGUAGGUAUUAUCGUUAAGAAUUUUUAUCUCACAAUUCCAAGUUAGUUUGCCAGACAUGGACACGUGUCAAGGAAGUCACUGUUUACCUUAGGUCCUCCCAAAGCGGGGCCUGCAGACCAGCACGUUGGCAUGAGCUGAGAGCUUGCCAGAAUGGCAGGAUCUCAGGCUGCGCCCUAAGCCCACUGUGUUGAUUAGUAAUCACUGCACAGCCACCUCGGAACUUAGUGACUUCAGACAACAGUGUCUCCCGGCUCAGGGUCCCCAGGGUCAGGGAUUCAGGCAGGGCUCCCCUGGGCGGCUCUUCUGUUCCACCCAGUGUCAGCUCAGACACUCAGCCCCGUUUGAGCUGGCGGCCAGACGAGGCAGAAAUGUCCCGGAGAGACUCAGACGAGGGUCUGGUGCCUCGUGCUCCUCUGGUGGCUCCCUGGGGCUUCCUUACAGAGUGGGGGCUGUGGCUGGAAGUCCUGCAAGUGGAGGCUGCAGUGCUCCACGCAGGGGACAGGGAAUCCCAGCAGGCCCAGCCCUGGGGUCCCAUGGCAUCAGCUGCAUUUGAAGUCAUCACUUCCAAUGUGCGUCUCUAAUUGCACAAUAAUUUCCAGGUCAUAAACUAGAGUCUAAAUUAAUUACCUGAUUCAAAGUUUAAGAAUUUAUUUUCUGUCUCCAUGAAUAUUUCAGAAUUCAGUUUGCAGGUAAGGAGUGUUUUGAGGCCUUCCUGCAAUACGGAGCCUAGUGUGUUCAGCACCUGUUUUAAAUAGAUUUGCUUUGGCAUCAGGCAGAAAAGGUGAGGUUCAUAGUUUAUCCUGCAGCUCCCUUACUGGGAGAAGAUAAUCAUCAUCUUUUUAUUUUACAUCUAUAAACAAAUAAAAGGUUUACGGAAAUCAUUUGCCAGAGCAGUGACUUCUUCUCUCUCUAUAAGAGUAACUGAGAGAAGGUAAAAUUGCAGUUAAAAAUAACAGCCUCUUCAGAAAAAGGUAGAUUAUUUGAACAUUUCAAAUAUAUUGCACUCUGUGUUUUUGGAGGAUUCUUGAAAGCUUUCAAAAGAAUAAUAAAACAAGGUAAUUUUAUGACUACAAACCCCAAACAGAACAACUGAUUUUAUGAUUUCCCAAGUAUACUACAUAGUCUGUCCUCUGAAGAACUAAGUAUAAAUUACAGAGGUCAACUGAUACAGGUGUUUCAUAGUUCCUAGAAAAAGCAUGCACCUGUGAAAAGAACAAAAGGCGAGAUUUGGCCUUUAUUUCCAUCUGGUGUGUGUGUGUGCACACACGCGUGCACGCACACACGCUGCACGCACACGCGCAUGUUGAGAUUAUGGGCAGUGCUGUUCUGUGGGUGAUUUUUCCUUAGGGUGUACUAACUGGUGGGCAUCCUAAUAAGAUAACUAAAGCUGUUUGACUCUUUGAUUUGAUGCAAGGAGCUUAGCAUAGUUUCAUCCUGUCUAAAAUCUGGAAUCAGUUGGCUUUGAGGAAUCUUGACUUUUGAGGAAGUAAAGUUUCAUGAUAAUUAGCUAAUUAUUAUAUCUGCCUGAAGAUCCUUUAUUGACAGAAGGGAUGACUUCAUUAAUUCUAAGCAGAGCAUCACAGAUUUGCAUUUUAAAUGGUAAUACCCUCUUCCAAGCAUUUCUCACUCAGAAGAUAGGACUUUUCAAAGGUUAUUGGGAACAGAACGGCUGCUCUGAAGAUUCUUGCAGCCGCCAAGCGGCUUCUGGUGUUGGUCCAGCACUCAGGGUCAUCCUGGCUUUUGUU